UAGAAGUCACAGCCUUCCGCAAGUUCCGUGUGUGUUGCGGAAAAAUCCCUUUUGGGCGUCCGACCACAUGUGUGAAUUAUGAACAAAAUAUGGUUCUUUAGUGAAUUUUCGUUCUAAAUAGCCGAUUUCAAAGUGAAUUACACUCGGUAUCGAUAGAUAAAGCGCAUGUGGAGCGUCUAGUGUCGAAAAAAGUUGGAACUCGACGGCGGAAGUGCAUUUUUUCGAUGUAAAUACGGGCCAUCCAGGGUCAGUCUGGUGCGCCGCGAGGAUUUCUUGAAUAUUUUCAGGCAGUGUGCUCUUGUGUCGCGCUCAACAUUCUCGCGUGUGCCUAAAGAAUAUCUCGACCUUCACCGCUGGUUCGAUCGGGUCACGUCCUGUGGGGGAGUCGGGUCGCGAUUUGCGGUACAGACGGCAGCAUGCCGUCGUGUUGAGCAGCAUGGAGGCGCGCUCGUGAUCGUCGUUCGGCGCGGAGCGCGCGCCCGUUCUUAUAUAACGAGGGCAGCGGCUGCGGCGGCAUGGCCGCGCGCGUGUCCGUCGAGGGCGCCGGGCCCUCGUACGCAUCAGUGCUAAACUUUCGGGGAGCCGAAAGUAACAAGGAGAACAUUGAGGCGCCUCCGCCGGGGGAGGUGCCGGAGGUGGUGGUGCGGCAGGUGGAAGUGGAAGAGGAGGAGGGCUUCGUGCCUGUGAUAGCGCACGGUCGGAGGCCGGGCAAGCCGCGGCGCGAGCGAGAGCGCCGAGCGCCGCCGCGGCCGCACAAAGCAGGCCCUCAGCCGCCCACAGACCCUCAGGCGCCGCCGAACCCUGACCAACCGCAGCAGGAAGAUGAGGAUCAACCCAAGAAGUUUGUCGAAGCACCUAUCCCAAAGGUCAACCCCUGGCAGGUGCGAGGAGGCAGCACCGGAGUCCCGCCACCGGCGCCUCCGGCGUUAGAGGAGAAGAGGUCGCCACUGCAGCCUCAGCAGCAGGGCAGGGCGCAGCCCCCGCCUCAGCCAGCGCCGGUUGUUCAACCAGAACCAGUGGUCGCGCCGCCCAAGCCCGCCAUCGUAAAGGCGCCGAAGAUACCGAAGGUCAACCAAAAGGCAUCAGACUUCACGGACAUCGGCGACUGGCCGACGCUAGGCGCGGCUGUGGCCGGCGCUGCGCGGUGCCACUCCACGCCCCCGCCGUCCGAAGAGACGGCCCACCAUAACGGCAGCGCGGACCAGGAGCGCAAGCCGCUCGAGGAGCACCAAGCCAAGGUGGAGAAGGUGGAACCAACGCAAAACCACCAGCACAAUGACAAGCACCACGAGAAACACAACGACAAGUCUAAAGCCGCAGGAAGUGGCAAAGGGCCGCACAAGUCCGGCAAGCACAAAUGGGUGCCACUCGAUAUCGACGUGAAAGCUGCGAGGCCGGGCAAGCAUGGCCCGCCGCACGCCGCCAGGCCCGACAAUGACACGGUGUCGCUGAACGGCGAGGAGCGGCGCGGGUCGCUGCGCGCGCGCGGCGGGGCGCGGGGUGCGGCGCGCGGGGGGCGGCGUGCUGCAGGGGGAGCGGGGAGUGCAGCCCCCCGCCCCGCCUCCGCGCUGCCCGCGCCCGUGCACGUCUUCCACCACGACUACCACCACGACCUGCAGCAGCUCCGAGUGGCUCAGCCGGCGGUGGCGCAGGGGCUCGUGCUGCACUACGGCGGCCUGGGGCUGCCGCCGCCGCCCAUCGCCGCGCCGCUGGCGCAAGCCUUCUACUACGGCGCCGCGCACGCUACUAGCGCCCCCUAUGGACUAGGAUUGGACCAGGCCACGCUGAAGGACCUUAUUAAGAAGCAGAUCGAAUACUACUUCAGCCCGGACAACUUGGCGCGCGACUUCUUCCUGCGCCGCAAGAUGGCCGCCGACGGCACGAUUCCCGUCACGCUCAUCGCGUCCUUCCACCGCGUGCGGGCCCUGACGCCAGACGUGGCGCUAGUGCUCGACGCCAUACGCGACUCGGACAAGCUACAGCUGGUCAACGGGUUCAAGGUCCGAACGGCGUUCGAGCCAACAAAAUGGCCGCUGACCGACAUAAUGAUGAACGAGGAAGAGAAAAAGUCCCCGGAAGACAACAAGGAGAAAGAAGACAAACAGAAGGAGCAGAAGAGCGUAGAAGAGAAGGAAGCGCAGAAGGCGCCCAGUAUAGGCGGGCAGGAGGAGAAAGUCGAGACUAAAAAAUCGGAAGCGCCCGUAGAGACCAAACCAGAGCCCUCUCCAGAGACUGAGAAGGCUGCUGAAGAAACGAAAGAGAAGGAAGCUAGAGAGAGCGAGACGGAAGAUAAGAAAGAGAAGGAUGACAAACGCGAGAGCGAUGACCCGCCGCUACAAAAUGAGGGAGAGGAGAAACCGGGAGAGAAACGGCGCAAGAAGCAGAUGGUGGGCAUCUUCCCGCUGGCCACGAUGGGCGGGCCGCUGGUGGCGCCCGUGUCCAGCCUGCUGCGCGCCGUGCCGCCGCCGCCGCUGCCCAGGAUGUUCCGGACCCGCGGCGCGGGCUCCCCGCCGGCGCACGAUCACCUCAACCCCGAUGUGGCCGAGUUCGUGCCACAGCGCAAGACAGAAGAACCCGCCGAGAAGCAGGACGGCUCUAGACAGACCUCCGGAGCCGGCAGCCCUAGCUCCGAGAGAAGCGGCCCUGACGUAUGGACUGAGGUGAAGCGGAGGACGAAGGCGGGCAGCCGCGAGCGCUCCGCGCCCGCCCCCGCGCCCGCGCCCGCGCCGCCCGACGAGGCUCCUCAGCGCGAGGAGCUGCACUUCCAGCUCGACGAGGAGCUCGACCUGCCUCCGCCCAGGCACAACACCUUCACCGACGGAGACGCCUGGUCGGAUUCGGAGUCUGACUUCGAGCUGUCCGACCGCGACGUCGGUCGACUCCUGAUCGUGACGCAGACCGGCGGUCGGGCGGUCAAGCACGACGGCCAUGACCGCCAGGGCGACUGGAACACGCGCACCAAGAUCUCGCAAGAUCUCGAACAGGUCAUAACUGACGGAUUGAGACGCUACGAGGAAGACUUGUGGAACGACACGGAUUAUACUUCGUCUCACGGCAGCCUGGGCUCGCACUACCGCACGGUGUCGCUGAUCUCGCGCGAGCAGUUCGAGGCCACGCAGCCCAGCGAGCGCCACUCCAACCCCGACCAGCCGCCGCCGCCGCCGCCGCGCCCGCAGAUGGUGGAGCAACAAGAACAAGGCAGCAAAGCGAAGAGGCCGCGCCGCACGGCUCGCUUCUACGCCGCGAACAAGGACCCCCACGCAACUGACGUUAUUACAAGCCGCAAGCACAAGACGAGGCACAGCCUGAAUCCGCCCGUAGAGCACCAUGUCGGGUGGAUCAUGGACAUCCGCGAACACCGCGCCAGGACACACAGCACCGGGUCUUCGCUGGGCACAUCGCCGACGCUGGGGUCUUCCUGCGGCUCCGUGCCGCAGUCGCUGCCCACCUUCCACCACCCGAGCCACGGGCUGCUGCGCGAGAACCACUUCACACAGCAGGCCUACCACAAGUACCACUCGCGCUGUCUCAAAGAGCGCAAGAAGCUGGGUAUCGGGCAGUCGCAGGAAAUGAACACGCUGUUCCGAUUCUGGUCCUUCUUCCUCAGGGACCACUUCAACAGGACCAUGUAUAACGAAUUCAGGACGCUAGCGAACGAGGACGCCGCGGCCGGCUUCCGGUACGGGCUGGAGUGCCUCUUCCGGUUCUACUCGUACGGGCUCGAGCGCAAGUUCCGCCCCGAGCUGUACCAGCACUUCCAGCAGGAGACCGCCACUGACUACGAGCGAGGUCAACUGUACGGCUUGGAGAAGUUCUGGGCCUUCCUGAAGUACUACAAGCACGCUGGAGCUCUGCAGGUGGAGCCGAAACUGCAGGGCUACCUCGCCAAGUUCAAGAGCAUUGAAGACUUCCGCGUGCUCGAGCCGCAGCUGAACGAGCUGCUGGCGGCGCAAGGACCCGCAGCCCCCGGGCGCGGGCCGCACGCGCGCGCCUACGACCGCCACCGCUCCGUGUCCGAGAGCGAGCGCAACCACGCCCGCGCCUUCAGCCGCCCCCUGCCGGCGCCGGCCAGCAACAACAACAACCGCGGGCGCGCCGGCUCGUGCGGCGCGCAGAGCGUCGUCGCCGGCGCGCGCGUCCGACCCCCGCCAAAAUCCAAACCCGACGCGCCCCCGGCGGGCCCCCCGCAGUGAUGCGUCGCAUUUGUUACGGACACACAUACUUACAUAGUGCAUAGACACGGUCCUAGUGUGCGAGUGUAGUGUUGCCGGUGGCGGCAGCGGAGCAUAGCAUGCUGUAUAGAGCCUAGCUUGUACGCAUCGACAAUAAACAACGCUACGCGACGAACGCACGACAGUCGCGCGUCACGGCUAGUCUAAGCUACAUGAUAACAUAUAUUAUAUUUUUGACAUUGUACCAUAUUCGAGCCCAACUUCAAAUUGCAGUCAUCUUAGUUAUAUUCAUUUUUCUAGCGUAUAAUUAAUAAUAUAUAAAAUAGUUAAGUUUUUUUUGUUCGCUUGUCUAGUUAAGGAUUUUUUGUCAUGGCAACACUAUUAAUACUGACGCGAUAUUUGUAGGUUCUCUUAGGCAAUGUAAAAUGUACAGUUGUUGAUAUUUCGCCGAUAGUCUAAUCGAAACUAGAUAAAAAAAAAUAUAUAGUCCUUUUUUUGAGAAACGAAAUUGUCUCAAGACUGGCUUGCCUGUGUAUCGCGGUGUAAGCUGACGUGAGCUCUGGUUUGAAAAGCGUGAAUUUUCUGAUGUAUAUUUGACUAUGAUUUUCGCGGGUCCUGAAUUAACUAUUGUUUAAUAUUUACAAACAUUUCUUAACUAUUUGAAGUCUAACUAGAGUGUGACCAAACUAAAUUUGCAGUAACUUUUGACUAGUCUUACUUGUAUGGUUCAGUUGGUGCAAAAUUAGUUUAGAAGGACUCUAAAAAGAAAAUGUGACUUAUGUCGUGUUUUAUUUAAAGUUGUACAUUUAUUUUUUUUAAUUUGGGAAAUUUUAUGCUAUUUCUACACAAAAUUAUCAGCUCUUUCAUUUAUUAUAACAGAGAAAGAAUCCAAAAAUGUAUAUUUCUAUUUCAUUACUAUUUUUCAUAGACUUUUUGUUAGUAAUGGUAAUGAAAACUGUAUUAAUAUUUUGCAAUUUAUAAUUCUGAGUAGAAAUAAUAUAAAUUUUCAUAAGUUAAAAAAAGUGUAGGUUCAAUUUGAAAUAAAAUGCCUUCAAAAUAUGUUUUAUAUUAAACAUAAGUUCAAUAUUAAACUCAGAUUAUUUUGUAUAAGUUGCACACAGUUCAGAAAUGUCUGUAUGUCUGUCUGUUUGUCCAGGGCCUGCCGUAUACUGCCACUUAUCAUUUAUGACUUGCACACAUUUACCCCGCAUAUAAUAUGAGAUAGCAUUGAGAUGAAAUGCGUAUGUAUAUAAUAAUAAACUGUUAAAUAUUUUAAUCGUGCUAUUUUGUAUUAUAUAAUAUAAUAUAAUAUAAUGUAAUAGCAAUUGAACGUUCAAACGAAGCAUUUUAUGAAUUAUUGACUCUGUUUGAUUGGUGUCGCUAGCGUUUGAAACUACUGACAAUUCUUUAUUCUAAUUAUAUAUUUGACAUCUGCGAAUAUUUUUCACGUGUGGCAAUAACGUACAAAAGAAGGCUACAUAUCUGAAGCGCUCUUAGGUCGAUAGUCCACUAUCAUAUGUUUAUCAUAGAAAUAUAGAAACUUGGGAUUAGUCAUUGACAACCAGCUGAGGUUUGAGAAGCAUAUAGGAGAAUUAGUGAAGUCGUGUUUUUUUCGUCUUAAGGUCUUAUACCAAGUACGAUACCUCUUAAAUGAGGAAAUUCGUAAGUUGUUGUGCGAAUCACUGGUACUCUCUAAGUUAAAUUAUGCAGACAUUGUGUACGGGCCACGACUAUUGGAAAAAACUCGUCGUCUUAUCCAAAGAGUCCAAAAUGCCUGUUUCCGUUUUUGUAGCUCAAUACCACCGAGAACACACAUUACACCAUACCUUAACAAAGCAUCCAUAUUAAACAUGUCCUCACGGAGGCACUUACAUCUAGCUAGUCUCUUAUUUGGCGUUUUGAAUGACAAAAAGCCCCAUUACUUAUUCUCUAAAAUACGCAUAUCCUCUUUCCAUGAACGACAUGGUACACGGUCUACCAGGCGCUGUCUCCUAGAAGCUCACCCUCACAAAACUGUUGCUUUUACAGGCUGUCUCCGGUAUCUCGCAACCAGGUGCUGGAACAAUAUCCCGCCCCCGAUUCGUCAAAUUAAAACUAAAUUUACUUUUAAACGUUAUUUUAAAAAAUAUCUUUUAGAAAAACAAAGUUUGGGUAUCCCUUAUGGCUACCUGGUUGCAGAUUACCGGAUUUAGCUUCAGCUUUAGCUCUAGCUGUAGCAAUUAUUUUACUAUCUAUCGAUCCAACAGAUCAAACACACAUUUCUUUUCAUCAUAGCAUUCAUCUCACUCGUUUCAUAGGCAAUUAUUUAUAGAUAUUUUAGGUAUAUAAUUUCAUCUCUUUACAAUAUUUCUUAUUCAAUCAAUUAUGUGUUAUCGUGAUCUGAUCCGGUUCCGGCAGAAUAUCAGUGCUGCUGCCUCAGGGCGUA